AGCCGGGACUCGAAGACUGGAACAGGAAGCUUUGAGUUGGGUGUAACCAUCUCCUCCCUCCACACUUCACCCCGCUAUAAACAUCUCGGUCCCACAACACGCAGGUUACUGUACUUCAAAUUCCCAAAGCAAAUUCCAUCCGACGACCGCGGUCCUCGACAACACCAAGCCAGACCUCUUGUCAAGCUUCCCGCAAACGUUUCCACUCACUUCCACUCAUCUCACGCGAAAUGGCCACUCUCAAGCCCGGCGACGCCUUCCCCUCGGGUGUUGCUUUCACAUACGUCCCACCGACGGGGACGCUCGAUCUGUUGGUCUGUGGCUUGCCCACCAAGUACGACGCCAGCAAGGAAUUCCAAACCAAGAAGACAGUUCUCGUAGCAGUCCCCGGGGCGUUUACCCCGACCUGCCAAGAGCAGCACAUCACAUCGUACCUGGCCAACCUGGACAAGCUCAAGGAGAAGGGCGUUGACCGGGUCAUCUUCAUCGCGUCGAACGACGCCUGGGUGAUGUCGGCUUGGGGCAAGGCAAACGGUGUGAAGGAUGAGUCUAUUCUCUUCAUGUCGGAUGCGAACGCCGACUUCAGCCGCAGCAUCGGCUGGGCUAAUGGAGAUAGAACGGGGCGGUAUGCCCUGGUUAUUGACCAUGGCAAGGUUGUCUAUGCCGGAAUCGACACGGAGAAGGGAAGCAUUGCCAAUUCUGGUGCUGGGGGUGUGCUGGCGAAGCUCUGAAACUAGGUAUCGACGAUAGAGCAGAAGUAGUCCGCAAGACGUCAUGGGAUUAGCAUCUCCGAGGUCAGCAUAGAUGGACUCCGCUCUGAUACAACACAUAGACAUUCCUCUCCGG